CUUUUGCUUCCACAUCAACUCCAUAUCAUAUCUCUAUCUUAAAUGUUAGUAGUAUUAGCUCACCAUGGCUGAGCUUGGCCUUCUCUCCUUGACCCAGCUCCAAAAAUUUGCACUGUCACAGGCGCAAAAUCCUCAAUCAAACCCUAGAUCAGUCUGGAUGUGGAACCCUAAGCAGGUGCAAGACCAAGAAGACGACUCAUGGGAAGUGAGGGCCUUUGCGGAGGAUACCGGAAACGUGAUGGGCACCACGUGGCCCCCGAGGUCUUACACCUGCACAUUUUGCCGGAGGGAAUUCCGGUCUGCCCAGGCCCUCGGCGGCCACAUGAACGUGCACCGCCGCGACCGGGCUCGCCUCCACCAAGUGCAGCACCCCAGCUCAAUCUCAAUCAACCCCUCUGCGGUCUCCUCUUCCAGUUCCUCAUUCAUAAUCCCAACUCAAGAGUUCCUCGCCGCCAACGGCGGGUUGUGCCUUCUCUACCAAUUGCCAAACCCUAACAAUGGAGCCUUCAGUACUAGUACUGCUACUACUCCAACUGCACCUUUGCUUAACAACACUAUUGAGUCUUCUUCUUCAGUACCCUCCACUCUUCUCUCCAUCACCCCCAAUCCACCCCAUGACUACUUAAUGACGUCAUCAUCUUGUCUUGUGGAGCCUCAUGGAGUUUCCAAUUCUAGAAAUAAUUCCCAUUGUCAAUACGCAAAACGAUCAGCGGAUCAAGAUCAACCUUUGAGGUCUGGGGUUGAAGAUAUUGAAGAGCUUGAUUUAGAGCUCCGGCUCGGUCCAUCUUGAGAUCAUGAACCAGAAAGAAGGGAUGGAUGGAUGGAUCGAUAAGUGGAUAUAUACAAUGGUGUGUCGCAGAUUUACAUUUUUGUCAUAAAAUUGAUGUGUAUGAUACAGUCUACUUAGCUAGAAAGCUUUCAGAAACCUGUUUGA